AUGUCUGAAGCGCAGGCUGUCGAGGCCAAAGAGCUUGCUCUGGUCGGCAAGGUGGAGAUGCGCAUAGCGUUGGCAAGCACUGAGAAGAAACUCGAGGAUUUGCUGAAAACAUUCCUCGCCCCACUGCUGCUCAAGCUAGGCUCUGAGAGCGUGGCUGUGAGGAACAAGGUCAUCUCCAUUUGCCAGCACAUCAACACUCGCAUCAAAUCCCAAGACAUCAACCUUCCAGUAGCCGCUUUGUUGAAGCAGUACAAAGACAACGCAGAUGUUGCUUUAAUACGGCAUUUCGACAUCCUUUACAUCCAACAAGGCAUCUCACGACUUUCGGUAUCCGACCGUCUUGAGUUACUUCCCAUACUUUUGCAGGGCAUCGCCAAAGAUUAUGACACAUCUACGCAACACGCCUCCCAACUCUUCCACCUCAUUUUACGACUUCUAGUCCAUUUCAAACUUCCCCUACGUGGCAGCAAGGAAGACGACGAACUGAGAUCCACUCUAGGCCUUGCCGACGAGGAUGCAGUGUUUCUUUCCAGAUGGUUUGGGAAGCUACUAUUAUUGACUAUCAUACGCCAGAGCACUCCCGAAUCUGGCAGCUCCCUACGAUGUGCUGGGUUGUCGAUUGAGGAGUACAAAUUUCUCACUCUGCAGGGCAAGCCAGAUGCCUGGGACCCUAGUUCAGAUUCUGGGUUGAAUUUAACAGAAUCGAAAGCACUGGUGACGCGCUUUCUGGCGAGCGGCCUGUUCAACGAUGACGAGAAGUUCAUCCCAGCCUUGAUCGCCUCCGCAGAUACCAAUUCUCGGAUAUCAGAGGUUGGAGAAGACACGUUAAAGCGUGUCAUGGUGGCCAAGGAUCUUGAAGACUCAAAGCUCGUUGAGACCCUUUUUGAGUUCUACUUUGGAUCAACUACAUCUGAGGGAUCUUUGCCUGUCAAGACUCCACUACGGAUCAGAAUCCUCGGCUUGCUCUCGAAAUCUGUCAAGUGUUCAGCUUAUCCGAACCAGGUUGCCAGGAUUGUAGAAGAAGGCCUCUUGUCACCCGAAUUAGCUUCAACAAACAAGACAGCAGGCAGGGAAGCCUCGAAGUUUCGAUCUGCCAUUUUCUCCCUAGUCAACUUCGUCGCUCGACAUGGAGCGUCCGAACACCUCUCCACAGUCGCACAGAGUCUUGUCGGAAAUUUAAGGGCGUUCAUACAGGAUCAAGGCUGGCCAACUCCAGAUCGUGAUCAAGAUAUGGAGUUACGAGGAUAUGGCUACGAGACAAUCGGUCUAUUAGCGAAGGCUGCCCCAGACAAAAUACUAAUCGAACCCACUUUGGACCUCCUUGAAUGGUUAUUUCGCUCUCUUCGAGAGGAUUCAGCAGGCAAGGAUGUGGCUGUCAGUAUCGAAGAAGCACUUUCGUCUGUACUGGGAGCGUUUUCGAAACCCUUCGAUUCCUCCGUCAUGCCCAAAUUCAGGCAAAUACUGCUCAAGUACGCCGCCUCUAGUCAAGUCACAACUCCUGCCUCAGAAAAGUUUACACGAAACACGCGCUACGUUGCAACCAGAUUUGCAAAUCGAUGUCUGCCUUUCGACGAUGUGCUAGCAAGAUGGAUAGAUAUUCUUGCUGUAAGUGGUGGAUCUGCUGAACGACAUGAAGUGGUGGAAGAGGGACGCAGAGGUCUGGACCCGUACUGGUUUCAGAUGUCGAAUACCAUCAUCGGCACAGAACGAGAGCAGACGAGACUAGUUUUCCCGGAUUUUGACAAGCUGGUGAAUUUCAUCUUUGCGCAGAACGGUGAGGAUGACGACGCCAUGGAUCUUGACGAACCAAACGAUGCCAUCGGCCAGGUACACCACUUCUAUCAGCAAUAUCCGGAGGCACUGCCGACAGUCAUCUCGUUUUGUUCACAAGUCGCCUUGCAAUCGGCGCUGACCGAGAAAAAGAUCGGUGACGAUGUCUCUGAGGAUUGGGGAAGGAAACUUGAUACCCUCAUGUCUACGGAUAUGCGUGCACGGCAGGCUUUCCGCGCCUAUGCAUCCGAUGAUUCUCAUGGCCGCUCUCUUGCAACAAUAUUGAAAGUCAGCUUCGACAGACUUACUCGAGAUAGUGUGAGUGAUGUCGGAGACAUCGGAACCACUCUUGUACGUCUACUAUCGCUUUGUCCUGAGCGUUACUGGGUGCUUGCGCGUCUGGUCCAAGACUUCCGCGCCCUGGAGCCUUCCAUAUUGUCGAACAACGUCGGUCGACGCCUUGCUGCUGCGCACGCCUAUGGUCUCUUGGCUUCUCAUAAAGACUGCGAUCAGGAUUCUGUUAGGAAGUCACAAACGCUUUUCUUCGACAAGCUGAGCACUUGGAAAGAGGCUGUUGGUGGUCAGAUCAAUGAGAUCAGUGGCGUCAUUCUCGCGAUAGGGUUCUACUUCAGUAGAGCGUAUUGGAGGGGCAGCCAAGUCUUCUCCACUACCAUCGCGGACGAUCAUCCCAUUCAUCAACUGCUCAAAACGUUGAUUGAAGUUUUGAAGGAAUCACGAGACGCGACCCUCAAAGGCGCAGCGUACUCUUGUAUAGAUCAGCUCAGUCUUUUCCAUGUCAUCACACCGACAUUGAUCUCCAAGUACGCAAAGGUCGAAGACAUCGCUCAGCACAUAUAUGAUUCAGCAAAGACGGGGACAACAGGCGCCAUCCUUGCAUUGGGCCACUUAUCCAUGAUCAUGGGGGAAGUUGAGUCAGAUGCUGAAGAACCAUCGGACUACAAGUACAUUGGCGAGAAACUAUACGAGCUCCAUGAGGUUCGUCAACCCGAAGUACAGUUUUCCGUCGGGGAAGCCUUGAGCUGCUUCGCAUGCGGAUGGGAAUCAAAGGCACUGACUGCUGAACUCGAUAUAUUACACCCAAGUCAGACACAAACUCCAUGGGAUGCGCCUCUACAAACACCUUCUGGACCCAAGCGUGAGAAGACGCUUGCGACAGUUCUGGAGAAGACUCUCAAGGGCUGUGUCCAGACCAAGCCUGCUCUGAAGAAAGCCUCUGUCAUCUGGUUGCUAUGUCUCCUUCAGUACUGCGGCCACAAACCUGAAAUGCAGGGUUACCUGGGUCAAUGUCAAAUAGCAUUCAAGAACUGCCUUUCAGAUCGCGAUGAGGUGGUCCAGGAAGCGGCAUCUCGAGGACUAGGUUUAGUCUACGAGAAGGGUGAUCGUCAGCUCAAAGAUGAUCUUGUCCGCGAUCUCGUGGGCUCUUUCUCAGACAACAAACCGAAGAUGUCGGGUACGGUUUCCGAAGAUACGCAACUCUUUGAGCCUGGUGCGCUGCCAACUGGUGAUGGCUCCAUCACAACAUACAAAGAUAUCCUCAGCCUUGCGGCUGAGGUUGGUGACUCGAGUCUGGUGUACCGCUUCAUGUCGAUGGCCUCGAACAAUUCGAUCUGGUCGAGCAGAGCUGCUUUCGGGCGAUUUGGGUUGAGUAACAUCUUCUCGGAUUCUAGUGUGGAUGGAUACCUUGCGCAGAACCCCAAGCUGUACCCCAAGCUUUAUCGUUAUAGGCAUCACAGAUUCGAUCCGAACCCCAAUGUACAGCGUUCCAUGAACGACAUUUGGAAUUCACUGGUCAAGGAUUCUUCGACGACCAUUGACAAGCAUUUCGAUGCAAUCAUGGACGACCUACUUACGAGCAUCUUAGCAAAGGAAUGGCGGGUUCGCCAAGCUACGUGCGCAGCAAUCGGUGAUCUCGUGCAAGGUCGCAGCAUUGAGAAGUACGAGAAGUAUCUCAGUGCUGUCUGGGAUAAAUGCUUCAAAGUUCUCGACGACAUCAAAGAAACCGUUCGCGUUGCUGCCGCAUCGCUUGCACGUGUACUGACUUCCAUCCUAACCCGCUCUCUCGAAGCUGGCGAUGCGUCCGUCAAGUCUGCAAACGCACAGCUCACUCGUGUCCUUCCAUUCCUCUUUUCGACCUCGGGGCUGGAAUCGUCAGCCGAAGAAGUGCGCCUAUUCUCUGUGCACACACUUCUCCAAAUCGUAAAGAAGAGCAAUGCAAACACGCUGAAUCCGCACGUCCCUGAGCUUGUAGAAAGACUACUCGGCCUACUGAGUAGCUUGGAACCAGAAGCAGUGAACUACCUCCACCUCAACGCUAGCAAGUACAACCUCACGGAACAGAAAAUCGACGACAUGCGUCUCCAAAGCGUGCGCUCCUCCCCGCUCACUGAAUCGUUAGAACGCUGCCUCGACCUUGCCGAUGCAGACACCAUGCGCGCGCUCGUCCCCCGCAUCGAAGCCGCGAUGAAAAGCGCAGUCGGCCUCCCGUCGAAAGUAGGCUGCUCCCGCAUCCUCGUCACGCUCGCCACACGGCACAGAUUCCUCUUCAGCCCAUACGCAGACGGAUUCCUGAAGUUGAUACACAAACAAAUCCACGACCGCAACGAGACAGUCAGCUCCUCGUACGCCGCAGCAGCAGGUUACCUCGCGCGUUUAGCAAGCGACAAACAACUCCUAGCCACCAUCACAUUCACGAACAAACUGUACUUCGAGUCCGAGGAAAACAGCGACAGAAACCGCCUCCUUGCAGGCGACAUAACACGCGCCAUCUCGCUCCACGCAACAGAUCGCUUCACCGCCCUCGCCGCCUCACUCCUCCCCUUCAUCUUCCUCGCCAAACACGACAGCCUCGAGACCGUGCGCAAGGUCUUUGAGGAAACGUGGUCCGACCACGUCGCCGGCCCGCGCUCAGUCUCGCUCUACCUCCGCGAGAUCCUCACCCUCAGCGACACGCACCUCGACUCGCGCCAAUGGGCCGUCAAACACACCGCUGCGAAAACUGUUGCCGAUGCUAUACUCAGCAUCACGAGUGCGGUCGGUAGCGAGAAUAUCGAUCCCGUUGCUGCGAAGAUCAUUUGGCCUGUGCUGGAUCGUGCGCUUGCGGGGAAGAGCUGGGAGGGCAAGGAGGUCGUGCUUGAGGCGUUUGUGAGGUUUGUGGAGAGGGCGGAGACGUAUUGGAAGGGGGAUGGGGAUGUGGCGAAACAGCUGGAGAAGGUUGCAACUAGGGAGGCAAAGAGACAGGAGGGGAAGAACGAGAAGGUUGUUAAGGGGGUGUUGGAGAUGCUGAGGAAGCAUUUGGAGGGGUAG